CUCAAAGUCCCACAAUGCAACGUAAACGAGUGUGUAAAUCGCGCCUGCGCGGUGAGCAAUCCCUCUUUGGACCUACGUCUCCACUGAAACGAUGGCCAAGCGUACCAAGAAGGUGGGGAUCGUUGGUAAAUAUGGCACGCGUUAUGGCGCGUCGCUGAGGAAGAUGGUAAAGAAAAUUGAAAUCUCCCAGCACGCAAAAUACACCUGCUCUUUCUGUGGCAAGACCAAGAUGAAGAGGAGGGCCGUUGGCAUCUGGCAUUGUGGGUCCUGCAGGAAAACCGUGGCCGGAGGCGCCUGGACUUAUAACACAACUUCCGCUGUCACAGUCAAGUCUGCCAUCAGGAGGCUGAAGGAGUUGAAGGACCAGUAAACCGUGGGACAUUGCCAUAACAUCCACAAAUAAAUGUGUCUGGAGCGGAA